CUUAAACAGUCCAACUCUAAAUCUCUCUUAGUACAACUGAUCAUAACAACACCAAAACACAUUUUGCCCUCUGCUUACAUUAGCACAGAGGCGAGCCUUGGUUAUCAACACAGUUACCAAAACACCCAAGGAUAUGUCCAAAAACAAGCACUCAAACCUUGUGCGCUCAUGACGCGUCUGUCAGCUAUAAAACCACGUAACAAAGACUAAACACGUUGUGUUUCACCUCAAAUGUACGUCAGUGAAUGUAAGUUAAAUUAUUCGCUCGUUCGGGUUAGCAGACGUCAGCUACGCCAAUGUUAGCUAGCUGGUUAGCUUUCAGUGCUGGGCUUGUAUACCUGCUUUAUUAUUCCUUCAUUCUGCUGACGUCUUCUCGGCUCAACUCCGCUGUCGUCGAGCUGGCAAACGCCAUCGCCGCCGUAGUGGACUCAUGUUCAAAUUGUCAAGAGAAAGCUUUGUUGUUAAAUUAAUUUGACGGUUCAAGUCUUAAAUCUACGCUGCGGCGGCCAUCUUGGAUAGACCUGUGGAUCAGCGGAGAAACUCAGCACGCCUCUCGAACCUCCUCACUGGCUACAAAAACUAUCAACAAGACCUCCUCCAAGGUUGAAAUAUUUGUGAGUCACACAAUGACCUAUAUAACCAAGCAUCUUAAUAGUUAAUAGAGGUGGAAGCUUACCUAGACUUAUAUAAACAGGUUAAAAUUAUGUACACGCGUUUGUUUGUGUUAUUUUAAAAGAGGUUUUAUGACGCAAAUUAGUAAAAAAAAAGAAGUAAUCAUCAGAAAGAUGCCAUGCUUGCCAGUACAAACGGUACAGAAAAAGGAUGGAUGACGAGUUUGCCUUUAAUCCAUUUCAAACAAGCUGUGUUUAUGAUCCGUCAUGUAAGCGUCACAUCCGGCCAACAGGGGGAGCUGACCAAGCAAGAAGCAGAGAUUGUCGAAGAAGAACACAGACCAACAACAACACUACUGCUUACUGUCAACAUGAUUUCAACCAGAAGACUAAGCAAGGAACUUGAGGAAAUCCGUAAAUCUGGAUUUAAAGAAUUCCGUAACAUUGAAGUGGACGAAUCAAACAUUUUGAACUGGCAAGGGCUCAUUGUUCCUGAAAGCCCCCCCUAUGACAAAGGAGCCUUCCGGGUGGAGAUCAACUUCCCCACAGAAUACCCUUUCAAACCUCCUAGGAUCACCUUCAAGACCAAAAUCUACCAUCCUAACGUGGACGAGAAGGGUCGUGUGUGUCUGGCUAUCAUCAGUGUUGAGAACUGGAAACCUGCGACCAGGACAUCACAAGUCAUACAGUGUCUCAUCUCCCUGGUGAACGUCCCGCAGCCUGAGCGUCCCCUGAGGGCAGACCUGGCCGACGAAUACACGGAAGACCUAGAUCAGUUCAUGAGGAACGCGGAGGAGUUCACAAGGACACACAGCGAGACACGACCAGAGGACUGACAUGAUUCAGUUAUUCGAGAACCUUCGCUCUUUUAGCACUUUGCCGCAGAGACUUGUCUCUCUUGAAGACUUUAUGGUGACCAGUCAGGCUGCGGCCUCUCGCUGUCACUUUUUUUUUUUUAUUAUAAAAAAAACGAGCAGAAUGUGUCCUGAAGCAUUUUGUUUGUAAUCACUUAGAAAUGUACGCUUGAGGUGUGCUGCUGCUUGUUGUCUGGAAGGUUAGCAGCAUAUGAAGAAUGUUUGAUAGCGAUGGACAUGACUGUCGUGUCUGUUGGGACAAGAAGUAAGUGUGCUUCGGCACGGCUUGAAAAUAUUUGCAUCUCUUAUUUUCUUUUAUGGUCAUUUGUUCAUUUAAUCUCCCAAACUGUUUAGGCUCACUGUUGAUUUUACAGGAUAAUAAAUUAUACACUAAGACAUUACCACCGUUUUGUAC